ACAGUAUUUUCCGUCCCUAUCUCCCCCUCCCCAUCAUUUUCUUCUUUUUUCCCCUUCUUUCCCUCUCUCCCCUUACACGGACUAGGCGGUCUUAAGAAGAGCAACUACCCAACAGACAGCAGGAGGUGUAACCUCUUUACUAAUUGUGAUGUAGUGCAAACAAGAAUUUUUGUCUCUGAUUAUAUAAGAUUGUACAAUAAAGAUAGAAUUCUUUUUAUGCCUGUCUGUCUCGCACACGAAAGAUGCAAGUUCGAACUUUACUUUAUCGAAUAUCUCCGUUUUUUCUCUUUGUAUCCCGUCUCCCACUUACCCCUGGUUGACUUUGGCUGGCAGGGUCGAAGCACGCCGUCUUCUAACAAAUCUAAAUUAUGCUUAUGGGGCCGUAAACAUUGUCAUUAAAGUGCUUCCUAUUUAUUGAACUCAUCAGUCCGUUAUUUUUCAAUAAAUGAGUUUAGAAUUGUAAAAAUGUAUAUAUGCAUAGGUUGUUACUACUUCUAUUGAUUGUUACGGUAGUCGGGAUAGAACCAAAACUCCCUGAAAAGAGAUCCAUAAAGUUUUCCCCUGUCAUCUCGGCCUCUUGGAAAGAACACUUGUGUUUUGUAUGUUUGUAUCCUCAGACAAAGGCUACUCCCGAGUUGUCGUGACCUCGUCUCGGAGUCGCAGUUUGUUCAACUAUGAAGACCUACGCUCGAUGUGCAGCAUGGAGACCACCUAUUUCCAAGAGACAGAGUCGUACCAGGACAUCUGUAUACGUCGCGAGGCAGAUGGCUCCUGUUGUCCGGCCUGGUCUCUGGCCAAUUACGUUGCUUUGCUCCGGGGCCGGUCCUCCUGCAAGGCCAUCACAGCCCGUGACGUCACCGUGGUCCGCCGGCUCCUGACCCGAUGCGCCCCGUUCUUCCACAACUUCUCGCUGGGCCCGAACUGCGCGGGUGACGUGGACGCCUGGUUUUACAGCCCCCAGCAUCCGCCUCGGCCCUGCCCUGGCGUGCCACAGAGGUGCAAGAAGUACAACGCUGUGUAUCACAUCCUGCAUUUCCUCGCCGACUCCACCUUUUUGUUUCCCGGGACGCCGUCCUACAUGCCCUCCUCCGCCCACUCCUUGCCUUUAGGGAGGUCCGAGUCUUAUUUAAAAUUCUCCUCCAUGUUCUUGCCAGUUGUAGCGGGCUCUGCUUCUGUGAAAAUUUUUCAGCAUUUAGAGAGCAUGCCCAGGGACUUCAAAGGUCUCCGUGUUGUCGGAGCGUAUUUCGGUGUGAAAUAUACUCUAUUUGAGAGGUAUUUGAUACUGGAUUCCGUAUGGUUAGGGGUCGCAUGUGGGGUUAUCUUUGUUGCUAUGUGGCUAUACACAACAUCGAUUUUUGUGACUUUCAUGACGUUUUUAUCCAUGUUUUGGGCAGUAGAAGUCGCCUACUUCCUAUACACGUUUGUGUUCAAAAUCAAAUUCUUCCCUUACAUGAACAUGGUGACGCUCAUCGUUAUCAUCGGCGUGGGCGCUGACGACCUUUACAUCUACUGUAAAGUGUGGCAUCUGGCCAAGGCGGAGAAGAACAACGGCGUACUGGAGAAGAUCGUGAGCGACACGCUCCGCCACACAGCGUUGUCCAUGCUCGUGACCAGCCUGACCACGGCCACUUCCUUCUACGCCAACUACAUCAGUGACAUCAGCGCCAUCCGCUGCUUCAGCAUCUUCGCCGGCACCUGCAUGCUCAUCAACUUCGUGCUCACAAUCACCUGGCUCCCGGCCUCCGUCAUGCUCUACGAGAAGUGGUGCCGGUGCUGUGUCGGACUCAGUAACGGGGACUACCGCCUGUGUUUCUGCGUGUGUAAGUUCCCCUACAAGAUCUACUACCUCAUCACCGACUGGUCAAGGAUAUUUUUUGAAAAGCUUCUGCCGUGCCUUGUUAUCAAAUUCCGUUACCUGUGGAUACUUCUGUUCGGAGGGUUGUGGCUCGCUAGUAUCCUAGUCAUAUUUUAUUACCCUCGCCUGAAGCUGCCAAACACGCACAAGUUUCAGGUGUUCGCAUCUGAUCAUUUGCUAGAGCGCUAUGAUUUCGAGCUCAGUGAUAUGUUUGAUUUUGAGCGUGUGAAAGAUGGUGAUGACGUGCCUAUGUUUCCCAUCACGAUCGUGUGGGGGAUUCUCGCCUCCGACAACGGAGACCCUUUGGAUCCUUACAACAGAGGCUCGUUAACCUUUGACCCGCACUUUGACCUCACCACGCCUAACGCUCAGAGGUGGCUUUUAGACUUUUGCGCCAAAUUGCGGCGGACAGAUUUCUACUUGCAGACCCCAGGCCUGCAGCUUACGGAUUGCUUCUUAGAGAAGUUUACUCAUGAUUAUAUGAGGCAGCCUUGUAUUACUAGGGAUACAGAAUGCUGUAACCACACAAAUUACCCAUUUUCAGAGUCCAAAAUGGUGUCGUGUUUGUCUAACUACAUCCCACUCGUCCGUGCAACCCCGUAUGUCCAUUACAACAGUCACUCACCUGGUCCUAGGUUUGACAAUGGUAGAAUUAGCGCCUUUUUCGUUCAGUUCCUGAGCAACCAUACGUUCAGUCACUCGUACGAGGCUGUUCAGACGUUUUACCGUCAGGUGAACCAAUGGGUGAACGAGGAGCUGCUGCACGCCCCCAUGGAGAUGCGCCGCGGUUGGUUCAUCAGUCAUUUGCACUUCUUUGACCUGCAAUCAUCUCUUGCCGUGGGCACCCCGCUAGCGCUGGGAGUGUCCCUAGCUGUGGUGGCGAUAGUCUCUUUCUUCACCACUCUGAAUGUUCUCAUCAGCAUGUACGCCCUGCUGGCUGUAGCGGCCACCAUAUCGGUCACGCUUGCCUGUCUGGUUCUGAUGGAGUGGGAGCUGGACGUGCUGGAGUCGGUGGUCAUCACUGUAGCCGUGGGUCUGGCCAUCGAUUUGACCUUGCACUACGGCGUGGCCUUCCGCCUGGCCCCGGACGUGGGCCGAGAGAUGCGCGUGAUCAACUCCAUCGGCCGUAUGGGCAGUCCGGUGUCCAUGGCAGCGCUGACCACAAUGCUCGCCGGCGCCUUCAUGAUGCCCUCCACCAUCUUGGCCUACCGCAAGUUUGGUGUCUUCCUGUUGCUGCUCGUCGGACUGGCCUGGCUGUACGCCACCUUCUUUUUCCAGUCCCUCUUGCGCAUCAUCGGCCCCCACGGUGGCUUUGGACAGUUCCACUGGCCGGCGUCCGACUGUUGCGCCCCCGCCUCGCGCGAGCACGUGGACAAGACGAUCUACGCGUUGUCCGAGUCCACGCUGAGCUCCUCCAGCACCAGCACGCGCGAGCACUCGCACCACGGCCACCACCACGGCCACCACAGGCAUAGCCGGGAGCUCGAACCCCUCACGGACCCGGACAGCAAACCCCACUACCAUAGGGACACAGACCCCCGCCGCCACCAACGACUGCACGCACACUACCACCACCACCACCACACCCAGCAGUCCCAUCACGCUCACCCACACCAUCAGCACCACCGGGCGCGCAGGAAAGGCGAGUACACCUCCGUGCGCACGGAUAUAUUCGCCCCAGAGGACAGCCCAAGCAGCACCAGUCGAACCAGAGAUUCGCCCGCUGCCAUCAAGACGGGGGGUUUGAGCGCCAACUCUUCAUGCAACGACACGAGCACGUUGACCGUGGCGGCCGACUCGCUCAACUCCACACCCUCGCCGCGAUCCCGCGAGUUGUCCUCGGAGUUUUCUGACCCCGGGGACCAGUGUACCGGCCGGGCAGACCACGGGGCGCUCAGUGACACGGACAGCGUCACGUCCUCUGUACAGCGCGGCACGACACAGGCUCAGGUGGAGAUCUUCCCACACACUCUCCCGCUGCAGGUCGCCUAAUGUCAGGCAGAUACUUUUGUCUGAUCAGUCGGGUCUGGAUGCUCAUGUUUAUUGUUUCUUUUCAUGGACAACACGAUUCUACACUUAACUAAAUUGUUCCAAACUUUGAGCUGUCUGUCUAGUUGUUAGAGCUAAGAGUCUGGAAGGACAGAAAAUCAACAGAAGUCAUGCACGAAAGUAAAUUUCAUCAACACACAUGCAUGUAAUUACUUCUGGACGUAGGUGUUUGUAUAUUUAUGUGAGGCAGCACGAUGAAAUCAAGCUCUUGUCAAUUUUUGGAAAUGUGGAAUUAUUUGUAUCAACUUACAAGUUUGUUACUUUGUCUUGUUUUGGGUGAAAAAAAAAUACCAUUCUAUCUUGAAUAGAAGUGAUAUUUGCUAUUGAAAACAAAAUGGGGGUUACCUAGUUUCAGAAGUAAAAUAAGCGAGAAAAUGGCCGCCAAAGUUUGUAAACUUCAAUAGCUUGAGAGUCCAUGGAAACUGAAAAUCUGCAAUUUUUUAACCUUUACCAUUUGCGUUUUUCAGUAAAAAUCCACACAGAAAUGUGUUUUUAAGCGGACAUAAAAAGGCAAAUGCAGUGACCUACCUGCUAGCACCCCUACUCAGUCACAAGA